CACACACACCACGCGCACACACUCCUUCUCCCCGGUUCUGUCUUUUUUCUCUCUCUCUCUCCCCCCCCCCACCUUACCCACUACACGCGCGCGCGCGCUCUCUCACACCCGCGCGCCCUCCCGAGCCGAGCCGAGCCUUUCCUCGGCUCCUUCUGUUCCUGUCAUCUCCCUUUUCCGCUCCUGCCUGGGCACCCGGCGCGCUCUCUCGCUUCCUCGCUCGCCUGCCUCCUUCUGCGCUCUUCCACUUCUCCCCCGUCUCUUUCCCUUUCUACCUCCGCUCUCUUCCCCACCCCACCCUCGCCCCCGCACCCCGUCGCGCACCUACUUACCUUGCACCCCCUUUUCACACCCUCAGUGCACCUGAGCACCCGAAGAGCGGCGGGCGGCGGCAACACGAAAAGCACCGGCGGCGAGCAGUAUGUCCCGAAGGAAACAGAGCAAACCCCGGCAGAUUAAACGCCCCCUUGAAGAUGCUGUUGAGGAUGAAGAGGAAGAGUGCCUAUCUGAGGAAAAUGAAAUUAUCUCCAAAGAAGACUUUCCCCUGACGGGAAACUUUUCUGCAGAAUUUGAGUCUGGGAAUCUGAACUGUGAAGAUGUGGAAUACUUUUGUAAUAAAGGUGACGAAGAGGGCAGCCAAGAAGCAGCAGAUUCUGAUGGGGACGCUCGUUCAGAUAAACCAGGACCGCUUACGCUUGAGACAGAAGACUGGGAUGGACCAGGGGAAUUGGAGAUGUUCCAGAGGGAUGGAGAACGCAAGAUCCAGAGUCGGCAACAGCUUCCGGUGGGAACAACAUGGGGGCCCUUUGCUGGAAAAAUGGACUUGAAUAACAACACACUGAAGCCUAAGGCUCCACUCCCUAUGGUCUUGACUGCGGGCCCCAAGUGGUUGCUGGAUAUGACUUGGCAAGGAGUAGAAGACAACAAAAACAACUGCAUUGUGUACAGCAAAGACUGUUGUGCCAAGACUGAAAAUUCAGUUUCAGUAAGAGAAGGAGGCCAGCUGUGGUGCACAACAACAAAAGUUAUUGCGGAGGGAGAAGAGCUAAUUGCCUUUGUUGUGGAUUUUGACUCAAGGCUGCAAGCUGCCAGUCAGAUGACCCUGACUGAUGGGAUGUAUCCUGCUCGACUGUUGGAUUCAAUACAACUGCUCCCUCAACAAGCUGCGAUGGCAUCCAUUUUGCCAACAGCUAUUGUGAACAAAGAUAUAUUCCCUUGCAAAUCUUGUGGCAUCUGGUAUCGUAGUGAAAGGAACCUGCAAGCUCAUCUCAUGUACUACUGCAGUGGGAGGCAAAGAGAAGGUGCUCAGUUAUCAGAGGAGAAUGAGGAAAGUAUUCAACAGAUAUCUAGCUUCUGCCCCUUUCCACAGUGCACCAAAAGUUUUUCCAAUGCAAGAGCUCUGGAAAAUCAUCUAAAUUCUCACAGUGGAGUAAAAAUGGAAGAAUUUCUUCCCUCCGGCUCUAGCCUGAAAUGUACUGUUUGUAACUAUACCGCAGAUUCGGUUAUCAACUUCCAUCAACAUCUAUUCUCACACCUCACUCAAGCUGCCUUCCGAUGCACACAUUGCCAUUUUGGCUUCCAGACUCAGAGGGAACUGCUACAGCACCAAGAUCUCCACAUUUCUGGCAACAAACUGCAGAGAGAAAGCGAUGCUGAGCACUCUCCGAAUGCCAGUGAAGAGACUUUGCAGGCCCCUGACAGUUCCCAAAGCCAAAAGGCAGUGCAGACAAAGGAUGUGAGUUCUGACACUGAGCUUGAUAAAUGUGAGAAGAAGACUCCUCUUUUCCUUCCAAAUCAGAGGCCAGAAACACAGACCACUCCACAUAAGCAGAGCUUCUCAUACACCAAAAUAAAAUCUGAGCCAUCUAGCCCAAGGCUUGCCUCGUCUCCGGUCCAACCUAAUCUCGGUCCUUCAUUCCCUAUGGGUCCUUUUCUUUCUCAGUUUGCUUUCCCCCAGGAUAUCACAGUGGUUCCACAGGCUUCUGAGAUCUUAGCCAAGAUGUCUGAGCUGGUUCAUCGAAGGCUGAGGCAUGGAAGUAAUAGUUAUCCCCCGGUCAUUUACAGUCCACUGAUGCCAAAAGGAGCUACCUGUUUCGAGUGUAACAUCACGUUCAACAAUCUAGAUAACUAUUUAGUUCACAAGAAGCACUACUGCAACAGUCGAUGGCAACAAAUGGCGAAGUCACCGGAUUUUGGCAGUGUUUCAGAGAAAAUGCCUGAGGCUGUGAGUCCUGGCAAUGGGCAAAAUGCAAUCAACAUUUUGAGUGCAACGGCUCACACUUCAGAUCCUGAGAAUCAACUUCUUCAAGCGUCUUGUAUCAAUUCUUCUACUGUCCUCGAUAUCAUUGGGCCAAAUAGUAAGGGUCAUGAGAAAGACUUUUCAUCGCAAGUGAAGAAGCUGUCAAAUACUGCCAACAGUGAUGAUAAAAUGAACGGGAAGCCUUCUGACGGCAAGAACUCAACUUCUGCAUCUUUAAUAGAAGGAGAAAGUGAUCCAAACAAAACUACAUGUGAAGCCUGCAAUAUUACUUUCAGUAGGCAUGAAACAUACAUGGUCCACAAGCAGUAUUACUGUGCCACUCGUCAUGAUCCCCCACUUAAAAGAUCAGCUUCAAAUAAAGUGCCCGCCAUGCAGAGAACAAUGCGUACACGCAAACGAAGGAAGAUGUAUGAGAUGUGUCUACCAGAGCAAGAGCAAAGGCCACAACUGGUCCAGCAACGCUUCCUUGAAGUAACUAAUCUUGUCAACCCUUGCACAUCUUCUCAAGAACCAGCAGAUAGCCUUGGAGAGUGCUACCACCCACGCUGUGAUAUCUUUCCAGGAAUAGUUUCCAAACACUUAGAAACAUCACUGUCCAUUCAUAAAUGCACCUCGACCUCAAAAUGUGACACCCAACAUUCCACAAUUUCCUGCUUGGAGAUGGACGUCCCUAUUGAUCUCAGCAAAAAAUGUUUGCCCCAAUCUGACAGGACAUCCACUUCCCCCAAAAGGCUGCUGGAUUAUCAUGAAUGCACCGUAUGCAAGAUCAGUUUUAACAAGGUAGAAAAUUACUUGGCGCAUAAGCAGAAUUUUUGUCCCGUCACUGUGCACCAACAGAAUGAAAUGGGACAUCUUGAUAGCAAAGUAUUUCAAAAUCCAGAAAGUGAACGGAACAGCCCUGAGGUCAGUUAUGACCGAACCAUCAUCAAAUGUGAGAAAAAUGGAAAUUCAAAGCAGGCUUCUCCCAACGGAAACUUGUUUUCUACGCACUUAGCAACCCUUCAAGGACUUAAGGUCUUUAAUGAAGCCACCCAACUUAUAGCUACAAAAGAAGAAAACAAACAUUUUCUUCCUCAAUGCCUUUAUCCAGGAGCAAUAAAGAAAGCUAAAGGAGCAGACCAGCUUUCUCCAUAUUAUGGAAUAAAGCCAACCGAUUAUAUUUCUAGUUCUUUUGCUGUUCACCACAAUGAUGUAGAGCAAAGUACGGCUGCAGAAGGCGAUUCGCUGAAGGGCCAGACACCAUCCAAUGGGUGCCCUGUUCAGAAAAAAGAAUCCCUGCCCCUCUUGCCCAAAAACAGAGGGAUGGUUAUCAUUAAUGGUGGACUAAAACAGGAGGAGCGGCCUGCAGGAAACCCACAGCAAGAGAACAUUUCCCAGAUUCCCCAACAGCAUGAAGAUGGACACAAAUCACCAUCUUGGACCUCAGAUAAUAACUUAACUGCCAAUGAAAAUGUCUCGCCAACCAUUCCAGCAGCAGAAGAACAAUUAUCUAGUAUAGCAAAAGGGGUAAACGGUUCGACUCAGGCCCCCACCAGUGGAAAAUACUGCCGGCUGUGUGAUAUCCAGUUCAACAACCUAUCAAACUUUAUAACCCAUAAGAAGUUUUAUUGCUCAUCCCAUGCAGCAGAACACGUCAAAUGAAAAUGGCUGGGGAUCCCCCCCUGUUUGGUAUCUGUGUUUAGUAUACAGUAUUGUUCCAUACAAGUCUGAAAGAGAGCUGUUUGUACGACUUCUGCACAAUCAGGAGUUAGUUCAUUACUGCUGAGUUGAAGACUUAAAAGACGUACUUCCAUUUACAGUUCAUUAGUAAAGUGUAUUCUUGGUGCCAUUUUCAAAACUAUUUAUUUAUUUUACCAGCAGUGUUCAUAGCUGUAGUUAUUUUUAAUUUAAAGAAGAAAAAAACACUUUAUAUUAAAGUCAUUUGUAAUGUUAUUGUAUAAUUGUGUAGCACAUAUGGUUUGCACUGUAUAGUAGAUUUUAAAGAAAAUAGUCACAAACUCUACAAAAAAGGCAUUUUAGAAAUUUAGCUUCAAAAGCACCUGUGUAUCCUAUUUUUCCUUAUAUGCUAUUGCAGAUAUGUGUAGAUGCUAAAAUAUAAUUUGCAAAAGGUUUCAACUACGCUGUAAAGUUCGCCUUAAAAUUUCAAUUUUUUAAAGAAUUUGGCUCAGUUUGCACUUUAUAUUUUAGCAGAUACAGUACCUUAGUCACUAGGCUUUGCAUUUGUAUGUAGCGGUAUGUUUGUCUACUUUCUUACCUGAAAUGUCUGUUAAAAUGAAGAUGGCAUUUUUUUUCCUUGUAUAGUCCUUGUAUUUUCUUUCACUGAUGCAUCUCUGUCUCAAUUUUUAAACAUUUGCUGUUAAAUGCAAUACUUUAUAAAGAAUGAACAAAAUUACUGGAAGCAGUAUUGUAAGUAAUGAGGUCAUAUCUAUCCAUUUUAUCUUUUGAAAGGCACAGUCAAAAGGAAUUUCUUAGCUCAAUGCUGCAAGUAUGAAUCUAAUUCAUUUAUAAGAUAUAUUUAAAUAUAACAGUAGCAAUACUGCAACUGGUGAUCACAGAGAUAAUGUUCUACUUCUGAUAGAAAUAAUUUCUCAACAAAUGUUGUUACUAUGCAUGUAUAUGGAUGGAAUAAAAUUCCAGAUCAUCAGACUGGUCAGGCAGUAAUUUAUUCAUUUAAAAAAUCUUAUCAAGCUCAAUAAAGUAAGUGGCUGGUUGUGGGCUAAUCUAAUACUGUAUGCUCUUAAAUUAAUAUAAAUGUCCUUAAAAAUGCCAUGCAAGAAUGGGAACCCACAGUUUGGAGCAAGGAGGAGCUAGGAGGAGUCAUGACCCAUCAUGUGUUCCUCCCAUUCCUCAAUGGAGAAUUGCUGUAUUUUAUUGAUUUUACUUCCAGUGUCAACCCUGCUUCUAGAAGAUAGUUGUAAUACUGAAACCAUUAUACACGGGGUUCUGCAUUGACCUUCCUAGCAAGGUAAACCAGAACCAUAGAUAUGUUUUACUGACUUGCUAAAAUAAAAUCCAUGCAAAGCGGAGCACAAUUUAGGACCACUAAUCAAGCCCAAGUACAUACUAUGACAUCUGGAUUUUGGCUUAAACUCACUCAAGGGGAGAUAGAGAAAGAUAGGAUAAGCUGGCUGAGACUCAUCCCAUCAUGACUGCUCCUUAAUGUGCUUAUGGAUGGAGAGUAAAAGAAAAGUCAGAUGCUCUUUUGAAGUCCUGAACCAAAAAUCCUACUUUUGAGAGGGCACCUUCUUGUAUCGAACGCUACCAUACCUUUGGUGGAUGCCCUCUUUGGUGCCUGCCCUCUGGAAUGUAUCUAUUGAUUAUAGAUUGCAUCGUAAAUUAUGAAGAAUUUUAACAAUUGGCAUGUUACCAUUUGAAUCGCCCAUCACCUUUAUUUUUAAGAAUGUCUCUUGGAUCUUCAUUCUUUGAAUGCUUGCUUUGAAAAUAUGGCACUUUCCCCGGAAAAUGAGACAAGUUAUCAAGCAUCAGUCUUAGAUGAUGUAGCAAAAUGUUUCAUAGAUGAAGCCCAAAGUAAGUCUCUAAAACUCGAGUCCUUAAAUCUUAUUGUAAAUGAUUAUCAACUGAAUACCUGUAAACAUAUAACAUGUCCUUGAAAAAAGUGUUAUUAUUUCUAUCAAGAUGAGACUCUGUGUCUUUGACAGAGUUGAAGGAAGGUUAUUUUGUUCUAGAGAGUAGCAGUUUGCACUCUGGUCAAUGUUUUGUAGUUGGCUUCACCCAUCAUGAUAGCUAUAAGCAUGUCCCUCUGCUGGCACACAUCAAGAAGUUCACAACAAGCAAUCCUUAAAUUCAGUUGUGAUUGUAUCCUGUUAUAAACUAUCAAGUGUACAUCAUAUGAGAGUGAGUUUUCCUACCGACAGAGGAAAAAACAGUCUGAUAUCAGAUCUGUCCAUAACCAAAACCAAAAUAGUUGAAAAUUGGACCUGCCCAC